UAGGCCGUUUGAGUCGCAAAGAACGCCAAUGCAGCGGGAGCCGAGAAAGCGCCGGGCCAAGGAGCCGCUCGCCGAGCCCAAGGCGCGCAAGACCGCGACCACCAAGAAGAAUGCAACUUCAAAGAAGACGGCUGCCAAUGCAGCCUCCGGCGUGGGCGAAGACGUGCUUGCCCUCAUCAUUAUCGAGCUCAAGAAAUGGCGCCUCUUCGAUCCGAGCAGCCUCUGCGCGCUCGCGUUUACGAGCAAGCGCAUCCGCGCCGGGCUCCCGUUCCACGACAUUGUGCGCGAGGCUACCGUACCGCGCUUGAUAGAGCGCCGCCGAUGUGCGCUGCGCCAAGCGUAUCUCAACAAGCACUACUUUGGCGUCGCCGACGACGGCGGAGUGUGGUGGAAGAACGCAGAGUACGACCGCGAAGCCGCGGCCCUCGAAGCCACGCCGUGCACGGAUGCGGACGUGCUGGCGUACUGCCAGCUCUCGACGCCGGACUGGCUGCACGCGUUCCAGAACAUGCACAGCCGGUACCAGCUCACGUACCUGGGCGACCGGCACCAGCUCCUCGUCUCGUACAUGUGCACAUUUGAGAUGCUCAUUUCCCAUUUGCGGCGCCACCUCUUCUUUGACCGGACGCCCAAGCUCUCGAUCAACGGCACGAUGCCCCGCAAGGACGCGAUCGUCGCGCAAGUGCUCAAGCAGCAGCGCGAUGGCACCAUCUCGAUCGUGUGCCCCGACUUUGGCCACCCGCACAUGUUUGAUUUGCACUUGACCAAGGCGCCGAUGACGCUCAUGCCCGGCGAAGACGCCGUCAUUGAGCGCCACUUGCCCAUUGCGCACCCGCCGGCGCACGUCAACACCGAGACGUCGUCGGUCGAGGCGUGGUUUCCAUACCUCUCCAAGUUUAUCUCCAACGGCGGCCAAGUGAGCAUUGGCCGGCAGGCGCACCACCACAUGAUGGUGCUCUCAGGCGAACGCAUCGUGCACCGCCAUUUCAAGCACAUGGGUUCGCUCCAGCGCUACUUGGAGUCGGCAGACCAGCACUGCCGGCGGUACUUUGAGUCGGCCGAAGACGAGUACGACCCGUACGCGGACGAGGAUGAGGACGACGAGGACGCGGACGACGAGGAAACGGCGACGACCGACGGCGUGCCGUCCUACAACGACGGCGUCUCGCCCUCGAUCCCCGACACGGAGAGCGAGUGCAUGGUCGACGGUUCGCGCAGCUUCAACGCCGAUGUGGUGUUUCCGCAUUUAAGCAAGUACAUCUCGGCAAAAGGGUGGCAGUCGAUCGAGCUCAACGUCUUUGGCUCUCGCUACGCUACCGUACACAAGGGUGUCCAGUCCAACUCGAUCAUGGCGAUCGCGAUCACGCACCCGCCGUCAACGUCGCUCGAUCAUAUGCUCACCGAACUCAAUGCGUGCGUGGCACCAGGACCGCUCAAGGCCCGCACGGACGCGAUCAAGAAGCGCAAGCAGCAGCAAGAGCUCAUUCCGGCGCACCUCAAGUACCGGCGGUUCCUCUUCUAUAUGAAGCACGCGCAGAUUCUGCAGCAAGGCCAAGUUUUUCGAUCUCGGCCCGGCACAACAUGUAUGUCAACGCGAUGGUCGGCGACGACAUCUUUGCGCCGUCGAGUCCCAACUCGAUCGUCGUGCAGUUUGAGCUCAGUUCCCCCAAGUCGAUCAGUACGAAAACUCGCAGGUCGUCUCGCUCGGGCUCGUCGAGCCGAGCGAGUACCCCAAGACGCGCGUCUCGGCGCGCUUUGUGGACACGAACCUGGACUUCCCCGUGCUCUGCUGGCGCAACGGCCUCGAGUUCUUGGUCGGGCGUGAGACCAUGUACCCGACCAACGACGACGGGCACCGCAAUUUUAUGCUGCGCUACGAGAAAAGCCCGUUCAAGAGCGGCGACACGGUCUCGCUCCUCUUCAACCGCCAAGAAGGCACGGUGCAGUUUGCCCACAACCAGCAGCUCCAGCCCUUUUACUUUACAGGCGUCAAGUGCAACAACUUUUACGAGACGGGGCUCAUGGUGUUUGUGACGCUCGAGCGACCGAACGUCCAAGUGCGCAGCCUCGACGCGCCCAACAUGAAGUUUCUCCCGCCCACCGGCCAACGCGUCUACUACAACUUUGACCAAUACGACUUUUAAGCUGGCCACGCCCGCGCACGGCGUGGGCCUAUAUUAUUCCAAGCUUGUUCCUCUGCG